GGGCAGGAAACGCCAUGCAAGAAGAGAGAGGAGAGAGGCGAUCACGCUUCCCAGCGCCGUUGCACAAUACAGCGCGAUCAAAAUGUGCUUGAGUUCGCCACGCUAAUGUCCAGGAGCGGUCGUUCUCCUCGGAUCUGUGCUCCGCGGCCGUCACAGCGCAGCCUGGGAGGAUCUGCCGGCGUGGGAUUCGAGUCCUAUCCGAGCGAGAGGGCAGCGUUCCCAGUCUGCUCGGUUUGAAAACAUCGGAGCUGGUCAGCGGGUGGGAGAGAAGAGGCUUCGUCGCGGAAAAAAAAAGGAGGUGUCUGCCUUUUCUUUCCCCCUCAUCUCCCCACCCACCCGGCCAACCACCCCCCAGCCAUGAGGGAGUACAAAGUGGUUGUUUUGGGGUCGGGCGGAGUCGGCAAAUCCGCGCUGACGGUCCAAUUCGUGACGGGCUCCUUCAUCGAGAAGUACGACCCCACGAUAGAGGAUUUCUACAGGAAGGAGAUCGAGGUGGACUCGUCCCCGUCGGUGCUGGAGAUCCUGGACACGGCGGGGACCGAGCAGUUCGCCUCCAUGCGAGACCUGUACAUCAAGAACGGGCAGGGCUUCAUUCUGGUUUACAGCUUGGUCAACCAGCAGAGCUUCCAGGACAUCAAGCCGAUGAGAGACCAGAUCAUCCGGGUGAAGAGGUACGAAAGGGUGCCCAUGAUCCUGGUGGGAAACAAGGUGGACCUGGAGGGCGAGAGAGAGGUGUCUUCCGGGGAAGGCAAGGCGCUGGCCCAGGACUGGAACUGCCCGUUUAUGGAAACUUCAGCCAAAAAUAAAGGAUCAGUCGACGAACUGUUUGCAGAGAUAGUCAGACAGAUGAACUAUUCAGCUGUUCCCAGUGGUGGCGACAAGUGCUGUUCAUGUGUCCUGCUCUAAAACAAACAAACAAGAAACGUAUAGAUACAGUGCAUCCGGGCUGAAUUUGAGCUUAUACCUUGUCCUGCAGGCUUUUCCUUUUUGCAAAAGUAUUCUCUCUCCUCACACUGUUGUCUUAUUGUUGCACACAACGAAAACGAAUCGACGACGACAACAAUCGAUUAUGUAUAAUAGUCUGGAAAAGUGUUUACAUGACAAAGUACUUGAAUGUUUUGGGAUUUUUUUUUUAAAUAUAGCUUUGUAUAUGACACUUCUCUGGAAAUGUGCCUCAAUGGGAAUGUCUUAUUGUGAAACCUAAGAGACACGUGUUUGUUUUUGGGGUUUUUUUGGUUUUGUUUUGUGGUUUUAUUUGUUGAGUUGUACUGUUACAUCUUCUAGGCUGGGUGCAUCUGUCUUGGAGAUUGGUGAUGGUGAUGGUGGGGCUUAUUUUGCCAAAUCCCCAGGCAGAGAUGGGAUUGGUCACUUUUAGGGCCUUUUGGCUGAAGGAGGCCUGAAAGUAUUUAAAAUCUCUUGUAAACGUAUCAAUCACCACUCAAGCCUUGCACAGGUUACUCCAAACCAAUCUCAUAUUUUUCUCCUAAAGGUCACGUGUGAUCCAAGAGGCACAGACCCACCCGACUAAGAUACUGUAUUUGAAGCUGUGGACUGUGGUGGAGUUGUGUAACCUCAACAUAUUUUUGUUUGUUUUAACCCCCCCCCCCCCCCCCUCGCUCUCCCCUCGCUGGUCUGGUGAAAGUGGAUUUAUCAUGGAACUUGCACUUAGCUGACGGUGUCCCUCCUCAGUGUGCACAAACAAGGACCUUAGUGCAUUGCUGUCGCUGCAUGGGGAACUCCGUGACCCCAUGUCAAGUGCCUUCCUAAGAAAACUCCUGUGACUGUGCCAACUGAUGAGCCCUUACUUCCUCUGCAGUGCGUCUUGAUGGCAAUCAGAACUUUUUAGCCGUUUUCAGUAUACUCUCUCGUUUCAUUUGGUGUGAAAAUAAGAAGCGCCUCCUCCUCUUUUACUGUCAGGAAGCGAAGCUUGUAACAGACCUGCUGUUUCAGGGUCAGAUUCAGGCCGUUUCUCGAGGUACUAGUCCAACAGGAACAUUUUGGUUCAGUGAAUGGCAAGCCAUGUCUGUCUGUAUUAUCUAGAAUUUUUUUUUUUUUUUUCUAAAAAUGUGACAUUUUUGACUUACCGUAAUUGUAAUUCUCUCUUUGGACAAAUCCUCUGCCAUCCACCUGUCAGUUUGAAAGACUUGUAAUACUAAAUGCAUUUUACGUAACCCUGUGUGCUGUGAUUGUCUCUGCUGCUAACAUAAAUACUUUGAACUGUAAAUAGUCUUAGUGCUGAAACAAGUGGUCAGUUAAUCAAUAGAAAAUUAAUCAAAUAUUAUUCUCAAUCAUUGAAGUAAUCUAUGAAAAACUCCAACCAGCUUCACCAAUAUGGGGAUUUGCUGCUUUUCUAUGUUUCAUAUUAAUAUAAAAUUGAAUAUCUCUGGGUUUUUGAAAGGUCGCACAAAACAAAUAAUUUCAAGACUUUGCUCUGGGAACUUGUGAUGCAUAUUUUUCCAUGCUUUUGGAUAUGUUAUAGGCUAAUCAAUUAAUACAAAAAGAAAAAGUGCCAAUGAAAAUAAUAAGUUGCAAGUUUUAACACUUAAUUCUUUUUUCUUGUGUCACACAGGUUGUAACUUUUCCUGGUAUAUAGAUGCUGUGGUAAUAGAUGUGGCUCUGCAUGCCAUAUUUGACAGAUGUUUACAAAACUGAAGAGUUUACGGGUUUUAAAUGUUUACAGUUCACAUGAGGCUAAAUGGCCUUCAGCACCUAGUUAGUGUUAGGAAACAAGCGAUCACAGCCACCGUGGCCCCGGCUGAAUUAAAAAAAAACUUCUCAGUCCAGUUGUUUGGUUAGUGGGUAGGGUUUCCAGUAAGUGUGUUUAGCUCUUCCCACCACAUGUUUUCUAGGCUGCAGAGAGUGGAGGACAGAGAGGGCUUUUUGUGUCUACAGCCACUUUCAAUCAGCCAUACAUACUGUAGACUGGCAUUUGGUAAGCUGCUCCUCACACUGACCAAUGAGCCUCUGCCUCAAGUGUCGUUCUUACCACUGAGAUUCAUGGACAGACUGCCAAAUUCAUUCUGAGGACGUGCAUCAUCAAAAGUUAUCAAGUUAUGUAGAUCGAGAUAAGAGAUGCUGACAGUAAAAGCUGCUGAUUUUUGAGCCUCGCAAGUGGUUAAAUGUGUUCACUUUGCAAGUGUAAAAAUAUGACCUAACUCCACAGUUAGACUGAGCAACAGCAGGACUACUGUCACAUCCUGUCUGUCACUGGAAAAUAACCAAGUACGUUUUCUCAAGUAUUGCACUUGUGUAGAAUUUUGAGAUAUUUGUACUUUACUUACAAUUUAUUCUAGCUCAUAUUUCUCUCUCCACAGAGAAAUGUUGUACUUUUCACUCCACCACGUUUUAUUUGACAGCUGGAGUAACUAGUCACGUUUUUAUUCUACAUUAAAAUAUAAUAUACGA